AUGUCCGGCAGUGGUCUUCGCUCUUCAACUUCCCGCGCCAACGAGCAAACGUCUUCCCCCGAUCAACAUCGGUUGAAUCCCUACGAAAGCCCCUUGCAUUCCAAUAACGGAUCUCCAUCCCAGCCACGCAGUUCUCUAGCGUAUUCCUAUUCGGCUUCCGCUCAUCCAUUAGACGAUCAUUCUCGUUCGCUUCAUUCCGGCUUCAUCUCCAGCUCCAAGUCGACUAUUGGUGUCCCGAGAAGUAGACUAAGCCAGAUCAGCCCCGAUGAUUCACCCGAGAAAACGUCUAUCGAGAGACGAGGCUCAUUACCGGAUCCUAGAACAUAUCGCCAUUCAACGCUAUCGACGAUCCGAAGCAGUCGGCAGCCAUCUAGCUCUGAGGUCACAGAACGUCCCCGAGCCGAGCCCGAUCGAUCCCGACAAGAUGGAACCGAGUCGACGCUGUCUACCACUGCACCUUCUACUGUCUGGGAUGAGCUUGAGGAUCUUAAAUCCCGGAUCCGCAAACUAGAACUUACCGGGAAGCUGCCCCCGUCUUCGCAGGAGGCUAUCUCAUCCGCUUCUGCCGAACGACCCCGCACUGCGACAACUACGGUGACGACCGUCUCAUCUUCCCCAAAGCGCGGCCGCAAAACCAGCACCUCAUCUCCCGGCUCCGAUUCCAUUCCCCCCACAAACCCAGUCCAUCCCCUUUUACAAUCUGCUUUGUCCAAAGCAAAAACUGUUUUGAAUAAAGAAGUAUAUACAGCCUUAGAAGCUACUGCGACAGAUGCCAUAUCACUGUCCACCACUUUGAGUACUAAUAAAGCACCAUCUGGAAGUGUCUCCGUCGUGAACGGGUACGGUCCGUCCGACAGACUGUCGAGACGGAAAGCGGAUAGUGUUUGUCGCGGGUUGACCGAGCUUUGUCUUGCAUUGUCGGAUGAACAACUCCGUAGACAGCAGGCCUCAAGCAAACCUGACGAAGUUACGGUAACACAGCAGCCUAUUGGCGCUGAUGAUGACACUUUGACUCCCACAACACCAUAUCGACGGAGUACGGUCCAGGAACCCGAAGUUAUUAGCCGUCGGCAGAGUACUCGUGCCGCAAGCCGUCGGUCCAGUUUUGCAAAUCCGAGCGGCAAUACCUCCAGCGAGAAUAAUAAAGAAGUUAACUGGAGUAAUGAUACAACAACAUCUGAUGCCAAGCAGGCACAAUCACCUGGUUCUUCACUUCCCACAAGCCGGUUAAGCCGACUCGCGUCUUUACGGGCCCAAAGACUGCAACCCGAGGAUGAACCUGCCGAGCACCGAAGCCCUCAUGGCCGGUCAAUAUCGAGAAGCAUGACGGAUAUCAGGUUUUCUGCAUCUCAAGCACCACAGCCCCAGCAAGACCAGACUCCCAGGUACUCGGCGCAGUCUCAGCAGUCGCAGUUACCGCAACCCCGUACGCCAACUGCUUCGCAGUCCGGCAUUCCACUCCGCAGAACCUUGAUGACUCCCGCCACCUCUCGCUCUAACAUCCAAGCCGGGUCUCGUCGGUAUGGGUUGCCUUCCGGGAUCUCUGCUCCCGGUAAAGCCAACGACGAUGCGCCUAUCUCCCCUCGACAGGAUCUAUCUCAAACGAGGAUUAUCGCCCCAUCGAGCAAACUAGCAGCCAGUUAUACCCCUAUAUCACGUCCGAGAACGAACAGUUUUGGAACUACACGGAGGUUCGGCAUCCGGCAACGACCCAUGGCCAUCUCUGACGGUGCAGUAAAUUCCUUCGACGACAACAUUGAUUGA